AUGUCCGGAAACUCAAACGUUGGCAACAGCGCCGUUUACGAGGCUGGCGAUCAGAGAAACGCCAAGGAGGAGGAGACCAACAACGCCGAGCGUUUCCACGAGGGCAAGGAGCACUCUCACUUGGCGACAGACUCCAAGGAUGAGCGUUCCAUCGCCAACAGACUUGCUGCUGAGGAGAAGAAGAACAAGGAGGGUGAUGAGGAAGAGUCCCUCGAGACCCGCCUUGGCAAGGAGGACGCCACACUCCCCGCCAAGCUGCACGGCAACAAGCCUUCCAGGGGCGCCGAGAUCGACAAGCAGCUCCAGGAGGAGGACGAGCUCCGCCUGAAGCAAAAGGCUGGAAAAUAG